AUGAAGCUCUCCCACAUAUUCACAUUCGCUGUAACAGCUGCUGCUGCGUCUCUAAAGUCCCCAUCCCCCUCAGCCUUAUCCGACGUUACAAUCUUCGACCCACCAACAGACUACAAUCUUCCCCGAACUCUGUAUGCCCGCACAAUUGAGCUACCAAAUGGCGACCUCCUCUCAACAUGGGAAAACUAUUCCCCCGAGCCGCCGCUAGUCUACUUCCCAAUUUACCGCUCAAAAGACUAUGGUAAAACCUGGUCUGCGUACUCCAACGUUACUGACAAAGUGAACGGAUAUGGACUGCGCUACCAGCCGUUCCUAUACUAUCUCACGGAAUCUAUCGGCUCUUUCAAGGCGGGAACCCUUUUGCUAGCCGGAAAUAGUAUCCCAGAGGACCUCUCUACCACGCAUAUUGAGUUAUAUGCUUCGCAUGAUCAGGGACUGACCUGGGAGUUUGUGAGCCACAUUGCUAGUGGUGGUGAGGCGUUGCCCGAUAACGGUUUGACGCCUGUUUGGGAGCCGUUCCUUAUGGCUUACAAUGGAAAAUUGAUCUGCUACUACUCGGAUCAACGCGAUAAUACCACUUACGGACAGAAACUGGUUCAUCAAGUUUCGUCUGAUCUAAAGAAGUGGGGGCCGGUUGUCGAUGAUGUCGCCUACCCCACGUACACCGAUCGCCCUGGAAUGCCAACAGUCGCAAAGCUCCCGAACGGACAAUAUAUCUUCAUGUAUGAGUACGGCUCUUUCUUCAACACAUCAUCCUACUCAUUCCCCGUUUACUACCGCCUAUCCUCAAACCCGCUGGACUUCAACUCGGCCGAAGGAGUCGAAUUGAUCGCCACAGAUGGCACGAAGCCCACAUCUGCGCCUUAUGUAGUCUGGACAGCUUACGGGGGUAAGCACGGGACUAUCAUUGCAAAUGGACAGUCGUCCUCUUCCAUCUUUGUGAACAAGGCACUUGGAAAGGGCGAGUGGACAAAGAUCAGUUCGCCGGAGGUUGCUGCUUAUUCGCGGUCUCUGAGGGUUCUGGAGGGAGAAGGAAACUGGUUGGUUCUUACUGGAGGUGGUGACUCGGCUAGCACGACGGACAACUUGGUUAGUGUUAGUGUUAUGAACCUGAAGGGGUUGGUUUGA